AGUUUACAAAAAGUUAAUUUCACGUUUGAUUUCAUAUCUUUUACUUUUUAACUUGAACUUUUAUAAAGAAAUAAUUGAUUUUCUAAAGACAUAAUGAGCUCCGAUUACUGUUGUGGGAUCGAAAUACGACUUGGCACGAUUAUUCUAACCGUCAUUAGUCUUAUUAUCUACAUUUUCUUUGCCAGUGUCUUCUUUGCUAAACCGGAUAUUGUAUCCUACGGACUUCCACGCGUGUUAACUAUAGUCUUCGGAGUUUUAUUCAUUUUAUUUGUAUUAAACUCUAUAUUUGGAAUUACCGGUAUACUCUUCAAAUCACCAGGAGGAAUUAAAUUAUAUGCAUAUAUAUUAUGGGGAGCUGUAAUAAUAUACAUAGGCCUUAUAGCUAUUGUUGUUACUAAUAUUAUACGUUCCAAACAAGAAGCAAUUGAUUUGUGUAUUAAACAAGCGGGAAAAGAAGGAACUCAAAAUGUUGGUGAAUCGGCUAAAAAUACCAAUAAUAAUAUAAAAGAAGAUUGUAAUAACCGUGAAGUCGCUAAAAUUUUGAUUAAUUCCAUUGUUUUAAUAUUAUCCACUCUCUUUACGAUGUCACUCGCUAUAAAAUCUUACAGAUAUUCCAAUAUUUUAUAUCGUGCUAGAAUUAAAAAAAUAGUAUUAUAAAGAAAGUGUCGUUCAACUAUAAAUCACGUGAUUGCAACGCGUUGAACCUCAAAAAAUUUGUGU